UCUCUGCAGAUGAGAGAGAGGUCAACAUGGCAGACGAAAAUCAGUUAGAUUUGUCAUCUUCGGCAAGUUCAAGUCAGACUUCUGAUCAAAAGUUAAUUAUGCAACAAGAAGACAAACCUGCCAACAAAUGUGACUUCAAUGACAGGCCAAAUAUUGUCGAAAUGAGAGAGGCUCAAGGCAUCAAGUAUAACUGGGUCGAUAUCACCGAGGAAUUCACUGAAGCAGCAUCUCAACUUGAGAUGGGGGAACUCUUACAUGAUGCAAACUUUGGUUUAUUUGAGGCAAUGUCCGCCAUUGAGAUGAUGGACCCAAAGAUGGAUGCCGGAAUGAUGUGCAACCAAACUGGACGCCAAGUCAUGGGUAUGGAGCAGUCAAUACAACACAGAGGACUCAAGAUUAAAGACUUGUCUCCGGAUGAGAUCAUUGGGAUCAUCGAUAACACUCUAGCUUGUAUUGCUACAUGGUUAGAAGGUCAUUCUCUUGCCCAGACAGUCUUCACCAAUCUCUACACUCAUAAUCCUGAUCUUAUAGAGGAUCGAGGUACUAGAGCUUUCACAUUAGCCGCUCUCAAAAUAGUAGAUAUCAUCAAAGAUAAAGUAGUCAGAGCUUCGGUGUUUGAAGAGGAGGAUUUUCAGUCCAUGACGUAUGGGUUUAAGCUCGCUCAUAAUGUGACAGAUCUAAGAGUAGCUGGAAUGCUGAGAGAAGUUGAGGAAGAAUUCAACAGAAGGAUUAAGAGUACAAGAAGCAGACAGGGAGAGGUGAGAGAGCCAGCAACUGAGCAAGAGCAUGAGCAGUGUGUUGCCGUUCAGUGUCGAAUAAAGUUUAUCAGAAUGUUUUACACGGCACUCUUGGCAUUAAAUAAGAAAGAGGUCAAGCAGGGUGUGGAGGAGGCAAGAAAGCUUCUGAUCCAAGCCGGUGAUCUCCUUCCUAUAAUCAAGAAAUCUAUUCAUCUAGGAAUUCAACCCACUAAGUCUGAGAGCCAAGGGGAUCAAGAAAAAGCAUCAGAUUUACCAUUAAUCAUGGGUUUUGAGCCGCUUGUCAACCAGAGACUACUUCCUCCAACCUUCCCUCGAUACUCCAAGAUUAUCGAUCGUCCAGCUGCAGUCAAAUACUUUGAAGGUCUCAUAGUUCGAUUAAAAUCUGUUUGUGAAGUCACAAAUCUCAGCGCCUUCCAUGCUAUUAUGGAUAUGAUUGGUGAAUUCAGUAAACAUUGUCCCUGUGUCUUAUCUCGUUCCAUUCUUCAACUCAUCUUCCUUCCGUUUAACAAUAAGAAGGUAUUUGGGACUGAGCUAGUUCAAGAGUCUCUACGAGAUUGCAUCCGUUCUUUUGUGUAUCCUCCCGCUCUUAUCCAAAAGUCACCGAUCUACAACAACCCUCAAGUUAAGGAGAUGGUCGAUUCGUUGUUACUGCAUGCCGUCAGGCCAAUGUGUACCAUAAUUCAGAUUCAAGGUCAUAAUCGAGCCAGACAGAGAGAUAAACUUGGACAAGUCUUAGAAGAACUCUCCAACCUUCAAGAUGAGGCAGAGAAAGUCGACGCUGGAGUUUUAUCCUUUAUGUCAAAGUCUGAUCCUAAAUGGCCUCAUCAAGCUUGCUUUGGGAGCUGGGUUAUGUACCAUACGCUAAGAACCAUGAUACGUUAUGUUCUCUCUGGGUUUGAACUUGAGCUGUAUGCAACACAUGAGUAUCAUUAUAUUUACUGGUAUCUGGCCGACUUUCUGUAUGCAUGGUUUAUCUCUACAGUCACAAGAGCAGAUAGUAUGCUACAAGACAAUGAGGCUGCAUUUACUGAACCUGCAGCUAAAAGCAGGAGCAACAAGAAGAAGAACAAGCGACGUAAGACACGACCGUUUGAACGAGAGCUAGCGAUAGCCCAGGCAUAUCAGCUGUUGUGUUCUGCCUAUUAUAAGACGGUCAUCGGUUUCACAAUGGACGGCAAAUUAAAACGACCCAACUGUACCUUUGAUAAUGAAAGGGUUCGCUUUGAGCAUCGGUUCAGCGUCUUCAAUGCCGUUUUGACUCCUCCUUUAGUGCAAUAUGAGACAUUCUGUGAGAUGACGGAUAUUCGUAAGAUGGACCCUAAUAGGACACCGCUAGAUUUGUUUUACACAGCGUAUAAACUCUUCAUGCAGUCAUCGUCAAUGCUAGAAAAGAUCCCCAACCAGACGCCAGAGUUGAGUUCGUUAAUCCGUGUUGCUAAGACCAAUGUAGUUGUCAUCAAGCUAAUGAUGGGAGGUCACAAGAGAGAGUCCAAAGUCCCUCCUGAGUUUGAUUUCAGCAUGCAUGGCAUCUUCCCCAUCAUUAAACUAAAAUAACUCUCUAAAAGUUAAUGAGGGGUCAUAAGUGACUGUUAAUGACUGCCCUAGGGGUAAGCCUUGCUUAUUGUGUACAAUACUCAGAUGCGAUUUUAUGUUUUUUAUUAAUAGAUAAAGUGUUCUAACCUAGUCUAAUCUAUUUUGGAAAAACCUCCACAUUGGACUUUUUAAACAAUUAUUUGCAGUAAUAAGUUUGUCCUAAGAUCUUCAAUAUUUAAGAUUAGACUUCCUUCAGUUCCAUCGAACAUAUUAUUUUGAACCAUCAAAUCGCAUCUUACAAUUUGCAGGGUGGUUCUGAAAUAAGUGUACAGUCUUGUAUGGCAUAGUGCAUGCUUCAUUCAUAUGUAAAAAAGAUGGCAAGUAAACAAAAACAAAAAGUUUCAGUCAGACUUUUCUGAUAACAAGUAGUUGAUAACUAUAACAUAAAGUAUUUAUAAAGCACCAACAGUCUAGUUCACUUUUCUGAGGUGCAGUAAGUUAAAGAUGAAGGUAUGCAAACUGUUUGAAUUAUCAUACCCAUUUAUGUAGAACCUUAUAACGGUAGCCAAUGUGCUGCACUACAUGCAAUCUGCAAGCAAUCUGCAACAAAUGCCACCAAACAACAUGGCAAACCCCUUCUCUCAGCUAUGUGUAUAAGAGUUAUUUUAUGUGCAUUGCACAACACACAGGACCUGUGUGUUUAUGCCCUAUUCAAAGGACAACGUAACAGUGGUUUAGUGUCUUGCUGAAGGGCCCAAAUGUCACAACCAGGACUCGAACCCACACUCUGCUGACCAGCAACACCGCUACGGCACGUCACAGUGAAAGGGAUAGAUACUUAAACAUCAAGUCUGUAUUGUCACAAAUCAAUUUGUUUAAUCAUGGACUUUGUAAAAGAUGUCUUCAUAGUUUUCAGUCAAAAUUCUGCUAAAACAUCCAGAUGAAAAUGCAAUUUUUUUGUAGUUUAUCCCACAAGGGGAUAUGAACACCAACCUGGCAUCAGACAAAAUCUCUUAAUAUUGGUUAACGUCUAUAAUUAUGAUUUGCACAAAUCAUUUAAUAAUGGUUCAGUAACUAGACAACAUUAUCUAUUCUAGUUAUUGUGAAAUCAGCAGUUAGCUUGAUAGGACUCGAAUCCACUACAGUGUGGUUGCAAAUCCUGCAGUCUAACAACUGGACCACGGUGACAAAAAGUCAUAAACCUAAUAAAGGUCUCCACUUAUUUUCAGAAACCAAAUAACAUUUAAAACCAAUGAAAUAAUAUAUUGGCAUAAAUAUGACUUUAUUUAACUUUCCAAUUUGACACCAUUCAUAAAAAUCUGAAAAUUUAAACAAUAUUUAAAUCACAUUAAAUUGUACACAACAGUUUUUUAAUUAGGCAUAAAAUGGUCAACCCUCGACAUAUAGGGCUGAGUGUAAUGUAGAAUGGUGUACAUCAAUGUCAAACAGACUAAAUACAUUGUAUAUACAACAGAUAUUAAAUCCAUCACAAUAUUAUUAAUCAUGUACCAAUCAGACCUGGGGCCAAUUUCAUAGAGCUGCUUUAGCAAAAAAACUUGCUCAAAAAACUUGCUUAAGCACGAAAAUAGAUUGCUUAUUUUACACAUGUUACUGGCCAAAAUUUCAUGCAAAAUACACUGCUUGUGAGUGGUAUUUAGCUGUUUUUGACUUAGCAUACCAAUUGAGUGGAGUCUUGGCCGGUACUCUGAUUUUACUAAGCAAGGAUUUGUUUGCUUAAGCAAAAUUUUGUGCUUAAGCAGCUCUAUGAAAUUGGGCCCUGGUAUAACUUAACUCAAGGCAUGGUUGAUCUAUCAUUGUACUCAACAGUCAUUCAACGUCGGCCAUUUUGUUUCUCUCACAUUCAAGUCAUUGUAACCAAAUUGAGGGUGGAAGGGUGUGAUGAGUUUUAUGUACAGGAUUUGAUUUCAUUAAGCUAUUUUUGAAGCUAAAUGAUUGUUUUCAAAACAGGAAACCCAAACCACUAAAGGCAGGAACCUACUUCUGUAUUCAGCAAAAUGUGUCUGUGUUCGUUUCAAAAACUUUGGCUUCAGCUUAGUUAUUUUUUGCCCUUUAUGUACAUGGCUUCAAAGCAGGCAGAGAAACCCAAGACGGAGCCUAAGCCAGAGCCUUAGCCGGAACCUAAGCCAGAGCUGCAACCAUGGUUUUAAAUGUCAAUCAAUCUUGAGUGCAUUGGAAGUUUCAAUCUGAGUCAUUUUCAUAUGAAUGACAUGAAAAUCUUAUGGACCAAAAAGGUAUAUUUGUCAUAUCCCCCGUGUCUGGUAAUGAUAAUAACGUACGUACAUAAUAAAGAACCAGACUAUUUUUGAUCCGUAUGCAUUUGGAUGUGACAUAAACAAAAUGGCUCCGCACAUUGAAACCAGAAUGACCUUUUUCCUGUUGAGUUAAGGAUGUCUGGAAUCAAUGCAGUUGGUAAAUGUCAAAUAAUUCCAAUUCAGAAACCCUUAGGAAAUAUGUUUGACUCUAAGCCGAUAGGUUUUACAUGAAAUUGUAUAUGUCUCCGUUUUUCUUUAACCUGUUGCAAAAGGUGAAUAAAACAUAUCAAUAACUUCAGUGUAUGAAUUUAAAUUGAAUGGCGAGUUGAGAUUUAAUGACAAAUAAAUGUUUGAGAUUUACAGAGCCUUUAAGUACAAUUCCUAAACUUGGAAACCAAUGUGUAUUAAUGUGCCUGGUACUUCAGAAUGGUGGAUUUGCCACGUUGCUAUAGAGAUGUGACGUUUAGGAGAAAACUCUAUUUCAUGUUCUGUGUAUAUGUUCGCAGGAAGUCAAAUAAAGCAAUUACUUUAAUAAAUUCA